GGAAAUCAGAUGAUUUGAGACCAUUAUUGUCUAUACCUACCAAUUCGAAAGCAUCGAUUGUUUGAAUACUAGCCUUUGUGACAUUCACUAUAGACGGUUCUAAUUUCGAAAACGGGGAGUUGCAAUUCUCAUGUCAAUUCAUCAGCCGUGUUGGAUUAAUAUUCUUUUGACUGGAUCGUUCUGGAAUAAAUGAACCGAACAUUAAUUUCAUCUACUACAAGUGAUUAAUCAAAUGGUUUAUCUAAUGAGAUAAAACAUUCACAAUUAUUUAGAGCUCUUGUUUGAUAAAAAUUCUUAGAUAUGGAGUGUGUAGUGACGGGACUACCUGGGGUGUUAAUACUCCUUCUGAUCUACACUGCUCGACUCGCAAACUGCCAAGGAGAGCCCUCAAUUAUAAAUGGACCUGUGAACCAGACUGUAAACUUCGGGGAAACCGUGACGUUAACUUGCAUAGUCAGAGACAAAUCGGCAGAGUACAUUGUUGCUUGGUUCAAAGACAACCAAAGGAUCACCCGAAGUACCAAUGAGAGCCUUGAUUCUCGGCACCUUGAUGUGUCUCGCUUUAGCUUGUUAGGUAACUGGUUCGAAGGGGACUACUCGAUUGAGAUCACAGACAUCAUAUCUCCAGAUAAAGGACGGUAUCAGUGUAAAAUUCAACAUGUUUCUACUAGACAGUUUGUCGCAGAGUCAGAUAACGGCACUUUGAACAUCGAGUACCCACCGUCGACCGAAUCGUUUAUGUGUUCGCCAUCCCAGCCCAAAGACUUGCGCGUUGGCUAUGUAAUCAUUUUCGGCUGUCGAACGGACCUUGGAAAUCCACCUGCAUCUCUGACAGCGACCUACGGCUCAAUGGCCAUUAACGAAACACCCGACGCACCUUUCAACGAGAAAAGCGUGAGUUAUAGAAAGAUUCUGGAUAGGGAAGACAACGGGAAGGUAUUCCGUUGCAUGUUGAGCCAGGAGUUACUACCUCAGGCAGAAUACUGCUCAGUGGGCCCGCUGGUUGUUGAAUAUAAACCAAUGGACAUAGUGAUAACGUCUGUAGUUCUUCCCGAAGACAAUCCAUCUGUGGCGGUUGUCAAUGUCAAUGCCAAAAGCAUUGUUUUUACAUGCGCUACCUCGGCUAACCCUGAGGCUCAGUACACCUGGACAGUGAUAGAAGCACAAGGAUGUUCCAAGGGUAUGAAUCACAUAACCCUGCAAGACCAGUUGAUUUUAACGACAGUCGACAUGGCAUAUGAUGGAGCUGUCAUCUCAUGCAUGGCCAACAAUACAAUCGGAGAAUCUUCUACUUCCAUUACAAUUGAUGUAUUGAACGAUGAUCCCGAUGCCCUUUGCUACACAACCCCUAAACCAGCAACCGAUGGAGUAGUUCCGACGCCAUCGACAGCCCCAGUUACAGAUCCGGUGACGCUGACAACCAUGCAUAUCAUCAUAAUAAUCAUCGCAACCGCUUUCCUAGUUGUCAUCAUCAUCCUCGGCUACAUCGCCUUCAAUCGACGUCGGGAAACACCAAUCCAGCUAACGAUGAUGUCUGGUCCAGACGAUACCCGCUCCAUUGCUGAAAGCAUCAUCUUCCAUUCCCGUCACAACACCCCAGACCCCGAACAUCGAGGAAAUUCCCUGGGACGGAUGCAGAGCAACUUCAGCACCAUGUCCUACGACACCCAGAGUAUUGAUUCCGCUACUGCACUUAUGCACCUACGAUCUUUGGAGUCACCCGAGUACAAGGCCAACCCAAAGCUAACUGGAUCCCCCACGCGUAAAUUGGGUGGAAAGUGCGGCAAGGAGUACGGGAAGGAAUACGGCAAAGAGUGUGGUAAAGACAUUCCCAUGGACGACAUGGACCGAUCCCCUUUCCAUCGGAUCCACGCCUCGGACAACGUGUAUGAAGGGUCGCCGAAGAGAGGCAGCCCACCAUCGCCGCCCAGCGAGAAAUCUGCUCUUACCCGACAACCAAGCGAGCAUAAGUACGAGGAGUGUCCCCCUCUAAAGAAAUACACGACCCAUGCAAGUCAGACGGAUCUGGCUUUUAUCGAAGAUAAAAUUGAAGAGGAGAGGCAAGAAAUAUCAGACACCAGUGACAGUGAUUCCGAAUUUGAUUACCACCCUAAAAAGCAAAACUUCAGUGUGAACAACUGUAAUAUAAGAUUUGCUAAACAUACCGAAGUUUGACCACACGUAUCUUAUGAUCUUUAAACUUAAACCCAACGUCGAACCACAUAGAAGUUAAUCACGAUAAUUUUAGUACCUAGAUAUGGAAAAUAAGCUGUAAUAACAUAUCCUACAUUUACCUUUGACUGUACCGGUUAGAAAUUUAAGAUUAUAAUUAAGUCUACCAUAUCAUACGUCUCUGAAAACUCUGAUUACAUUUUAAGCAAGUCAAAGAAAGCGUAUAUGCUGUAAAAAAUAAUAGUGUGUGAUAUCUUACUUACGUUUCUCUUUCUGUAUCAUUGUGCAAUUUUAGUAUUUUAUCCAUCUUUUUCUUCGUGAUUAUCGUUUCUUAAUGAGAUGAAACGAUCAAUGAUUCAAUAAAUAAUUCACCUAAACAUACUUAUUGUUGUCAUUUACGUGUAAAACACUUACGAAAAUGCACCAUUCUCUAUGACUUUCUCAAUGCAUUCGACUACCUUAGUUUCGCAAAUAGAAAAAAAAAAUCACAUCAAGUCGUCAUCCCAAGUAAAGUUUUUUUCUGUUUGAAAUGCAAAGCUCAAUGUCCUUAUUAGCUAGAAUAUGUGAUUCAAAUUCGCUGGUGCAUAUUUUUGUUCCGUUCUUGCUUUUCCUUGUUUUAAAACUGUGUCCAAUUCAUUUAUAAUGAAACAAUAUAUUAAAAUAGUGAAUUUAAAUUUACGGAUUAAGCAUACACAAUGCCAGUCAUUUAUUUCCGAAUUCAUGUAAGUUGGGCAUUUGAAUUAUGUUGAUGCUAUGUAAUGUCUACUCAAAUACAAUGGAACUCUUAAGAUGAUUGUUUUAUAGAAGAAACUAAACUUUCAAGAAAGUAAAACGUUAAAUUACGGAUAAUGAUAAUAUCAUGGGGGGGGGUAGGGAUCGUUUCGUUUUGUCUUCAUAAUAUUAUUAUGAAUACGAUAAUAGCUGCCUUACAUUUCUUGUAUAUUUUCAUGAUUGAUAUCACAGUAUUUAUUUUAUGUACAUGUACUUUUGUAUGAAGUUAGAAUGUCGUUUUGACUAUGGAAUUAUCAAGUAAGUGCAAAAUUGGAAGUUUAUUACUUUGUUAAACUAUAUUUUGCCGGCUUGGAACAUUCUUAGAAGUUGUUUGAGGAAAGGUACUUCUGAAAGGAAAUGAUGAUCAUGAAUCUGAAUGGAUUGGGAAUUUGCACAAAAUCAUUUAAGUUAGUAUUUCUAACUCCGCAUUGUAAUUAAUUGUAUAGCAAAGGUCUGUAACAUAUUCUUUCCUACGGAAAUAUGAUGUAAAUUAGUGUAAUUUUAUAGUAGAGUUAUAUGGGGAUAUAUUAUUGUAUAUCAAAUUAGAAAAAUAUUUGUAAAAACAAAGAUAGCCUUUGUAAUAUAGAGAUAAUGUAAAUAAAAAGAGGGGAAA